GAGAAAAUAACUGUAUCUGAGAUUGCGAAAGUUGAAUAAUGUGAUGGUCUCGUUCACAUUCACAUUCACAUCACAACACAACGCAACUUCAUCUUUCUUCUUAGCUCUGCAACGUUAACCUAAGGGCACAGUUAGGUUAGUUUCUUGAGUGCAUGCUGGAAUGGCUGCUGCAUCUGGGAUGACUGAGGAGGAAACACAAGUAUCUUCCAGCGACAACAUCCAUCCGAGGUUGGAUGUCUACGUGUGGGACAUGGAUGAGACCCUUAUACUUCUCAACUCCUUGCUGAAAUCAUCAUAUGCCGAGGCUUUUAAUGGUGUGAAGGAUGUGCGGAAAGGCGUCGAGCUCGGGAAGAUGUGGGAAAAUCUCAUUCUGCAAUUGUCUGAUGAUCAUUUCUUCUAUGCACAAAUUGAAAAUUACAAUAAGCCAUUUCUUGAUGUUCUGGCCAAAUAUGAUGACGGAAAGGACCUAUCUGAUUAUGACUUCAACCAAGAUGAAUUAGGUCCCCCACAUGAUGAUGCCAACAAAAGAAAACUUGCAUAUAGGCAUCGAAUUAUAUCCCAAAAAUACUUGCAGGGAUUACAUAGUAUUUUAGAUCACGAGACAAUAAAAAUAUGGGAUGAUUUGUAUGAUAAAACUGAUGAAUAUACUGACAAAUGGCUUUCAUCAGGUAUGUUGUGGCAAUUGAAUUUUAUUAUCUUUUGUNNUGGUGAAAAUAAAGACGUGGUUUCUUCCAUUGCUAAUGCUAACCCAAGCACUGACUCAACUAAUGCAAAGCAUCAGCAUGUAAAUGUCUUAGUGACAUCUGGAUCGUUGAUACCAUCUAUUGUAAAAUGUUUGCUCUUUCAUCUGGACAGCUUAAUAUCACAUGGAAAUGUGUAUAGCUCCUGGGAUGUUGGGAAAAUUCAAUGUUUCCGAUGGAUCAAGGAGCGCUUCAACCAUCCCAACGUUCGCUUUUGUGUAAUUGGAGAUGGAUGGGAAGAGUGUGAAGCUGCAGAAAUCAUGAAAUGGCCAUUUGUUAAGAUUGACCCACGGCCAGGCAAACUUCAUAGGUUCCCUGGUCUCACAUCCAAAACAGUUGGCCACUAUUUUUCUGUGGUGUAUGGAAAACCAAACAAUGAGAAUGAUGAAUCUUCAUCUUAGCUAACCUUUUUCCUGGAUCCUGUCUGUACCCAAAAAAGGGAAGAAAAAACCCGGCAACGUGGCCAAUAUUGUUUUACCACGUGUAUAAAUUGCAGCGAUGUGAUGACUGGCACAACUUAGAUGUUAACUGUUCUUGUUGGAGAUCAGUUUGAACUAUUUUUCUCUGAUAUCGGUGGACGAUCAUAAAUUAAGAUGUAGAUGCUGGCGUUGAAUGAAUGUAGAUAAUUUGCCACUUCUCAUGUAUAUAAGAAGUUUCAAAAUAAUAUCUAUGAACCUUCUAUAGGCCAUCAGCUCAUCAUAUGUUACUUUUAUCACUCAUUUGGCUGUAGGAUUGUUGGAAGGCAUACUAGGAGCCAAAUAGAAAUGGAAAUUUGAUCAUCUGCAGUUUGAAAAUAGAAACUGCACCUCUUGUAGUUAUGGUUAUAGACGAUUUAAAUUAUUUUGUAUCAAGUUUGCUUUUAAUAA